CCUGCCGACGUCAACUCGAUGGGCGUGUCCACAGUGCUGUCGUUGACUCAUGGACGCCAUUAUUGAGGGUGGAUUACAUCAGUAGCUCUUAAAGCCCUCGGACACGCUCUGUAGAGCGGUUUAACAAAUGAAGGUGACCCGCUGAGCCUAACCGUGACGAUGCUGACCCGCCUUUUCAGGUUACACGGCCUCUUUGUGGCCUCACACCCGUUAGAGGUGAUCGUGGGAACGAUUGCAGUGACCAUCUGCCUCAUGUCCAUGAACGCCAUCGCUGGCGGUGACCAGAUAUGUGACUGGAAGCAUCAGUGCCCCAAAGCACAAGAGAAAAUUCUGAGCAGCGAUAUCAUCAUCUUGACGCUCACCAGGUGUACGGCCAUCAUCUACAUCUACGUGCAGUUCAAAAACCUGAGGCAGCUCGGCUCCAAGUACAUGCUCGGCAUCGCUGGACUCUUCACCGUGUUCUCCAGCCUCGUCUUCAGCAUCGUGGUCAUUCAUUUCCUCGGCAAAGAGCUCACCGGCCUCAAUGAAGCGCUGCCUUUCUUCCUGUUGCUGAUCGAUCUGUCUAAAGCCUGCACGCUGGCAAAGUUCGCUCUCAGCUCCAACUCUCAGGAGGAGGUGAGGGAGAACAUCGCUCAGGGCAUGGCCAUCCUGGGGCCGACCUUCACCCUGGAUGCCGUGGUGGAGUGCCUGGUCAUUGGAGUAGGAACCAUGUCUGGCGUGCGGCAGCUGGAGCUGGUGUGCUGUUUCGGCUGCAUAUCCGUCCUGGCCAACUACUUCGUCUUCAUGACCUUCUUCCCUGCCUGCGUCUCUGUGGUGCUGGAGCUUUCCAGAGAGAGCAGAGAGGGACGGCCCAUCUGGCAGCUGAGCCAAUUUGCUCGCGUCCUGAAGGAAGAAGAGGACAACAAGCCCAACCCUGUCACACAGCGCGUCAAAAUAAUCAUGUCCCUGGUGCUGGCGUUGGUUCACGCACACACACGCCUGCUGGCCGAGUCUCCUUCCAGUAACUCCUCCGGCUCUGCGGUGGAUCUGCAUAGCCCCAACAUGGACACACAGUCGCCCAUGACCAGCUUGGACAUGGAGCAGGUCAUCACUCUGUCUCUGGCUCUGUUGCUGGCUGUGAAGUACGUCUUCUUCGAGCAGGCCGAGACCGAGUCGUCCUUGUCAAUCAAAACCCCACAGACCUUCCUGUCCAGUAGGAGAGCAGGUGAGGAGUGCUGUAGGAGGGAGGUAGCUUUACCAAGAAUGUCACACACCCUGAACGCCUGCAUGAGUCCGGCUACGAUUUGCACUACAGACACCAGAGAUAAAGAGACUCAGCAGCAGGCUGUGUCGUGUCCGUCUGCUCAGAAACGUACAGCACAAGAAGAGUCAGAGGAACGAGAAACACCAAGCUCUAAAACUUCAGUCCAUCCUCGUCCUCUGAGCGAGUGCCUGAGCAUCCUCAGAGACCCACAGCAAGGACCACGUUGCCUGAGUGAUGCUGAAGUAAUAGCACUGGUUGAGAACAAGAGCAUUCUGGGAUACCGCCUAGAGUCGGAGCUGGAGACUCCAGAAAGGGGCGUGGCCAUAAGGAGGGAGAUGUUGGGGUCUAAGUUGCCCCGCCCUUCAGCCCUGAAGAACCUCCCCUACACAGGCUAUGAUUACUCCAAGGUAAUGGGCACAAACUGUGAGAAUGUGAUUGGCUAUGUGCCUGUGCCAGUGGGCGUGGCUGGACCUCUGCUAUUAGAUGGGAAGGAGUUUUAUGUUCCCAUGGCGACGACGGAGGGCUGUUUGGUAGCCAGCACCAAUCGAGGAUGCAGGGCCAUCACUCUCUCAGGUGGAGCGAGUGGCCGUGUCCUGGCAGACGGGAUGACUCGGGGUCCAGUUGUCCAGCUGCCAUCAGCGUGUAAAGCUGCAGAGGUGAAGUCCUGGUUGGAGAGCUCUGACGGCUUCAGUGCACUUAAACACGCCUUCGACAGAACCAGCAGGUUUGCUCGUCUUGACCGGCUGCAGGUGUGUCUGGCGGGCAGGAAUCUCUACAUCCGCUUCCAGUCUGAGACCGGUGACGCCAUGGGCAUGAACAUGCUGUCUAAGGGUACAGAAGAGGCAUUACGCAGACUGCAAGAGCAGUUUCCCGAGCUUCGCGUGUUAGCCGUCAGCGGAAAUUACUGCACCGAUAAAAAACCCGCAGCCGUCAACUGGAUCCAUGGCCGAGGGAAAUCCACCGUGUGUGAGGCCACGAUUCCGGCUAAAGUGGUACGAGAGGUGCUGAAGACGAGCACUGCGGCUCUGGUGGAGCUGAAUAUCAGUAAGAACCUGGUGGGAUCGGCGAUGGCCGGCAGUAUUGGAGGCUUCAACGCACAGGCCGCUAACAUCGUAGCCGCGAUUUACAUCGCGUGUGGACAGGACCCAGGUCAGACAGUAGGCAGCAGUAACUGUAUCACUCUAAUGGAGGCUGUCGGGCCAGACGGAGAGGAUCUGUGUAUUUCCUGCACGAUGCCAUCUAUAGAGUUGGGCACCAUUGGAGGGGGCACAAACUUACCACCACAGCAAGCCUGUUUACAGAUGCUGGGUGUACAGGGUGCGAGUGCAGACCGUCCUGGGGAGAACUCGCGCACCUUGGCGCAGGUGGUGUGUGCGACGGUGAUGGCGGGAGAACUCUCGCUCAUGGCCGCUCUCGCUGCAGGACACCUCGUCAAGAGUCACAUGACUCUGAACAGAUCAAAAGUCAACCUCUCGGAAAUGUGCGGUUCGAUGGGGAAGACUCCUUCCUGACGGUGCGUUCAGGAGCUACAACAUAAGGACUGCCGAAAGUGACUCUUAGGAAAAAAUAAAAUAGUAAAACUCUGCCUUUUAAGGUCAGCAGGAGCACGCUGACCCGAGCGCAGGCAGAACCUGGAGAAAUAAAUCCUUCUGAAGUCCAUGUUUGUGCUUCUGGAGCAGCUUUGCACUAGUGUUUGGACAGCGAUGAAUGUCUGUAUGCUGUAACCUUGAAGUAUUGUGACUGUGUUGAACCUCGCUACGUCCAGUCGGAGGAGGCGGAGAAGGACGAGGCGGGUGUUUUCUUUAAACCUAAUAACAACCACUACACGCGUAACAAUUCUUCAGUACACUAACUUCUGAAUCCGUUAAGAGAAUGCCUGCUUUGUACCGAUAGCUGUGUGUGUGUGUGUGUGUGUGUGCUGAAGGUCAGAGUGUGAAAUAAAAGUGUGUUUAAUUCACUGGAUCUGAAACAACUGAACAAACCCUCUGAAAGUGAAUGUACUGAGCUGGACUGAUUAAUGACGGAAUUAACGAACGUCACGGUACAUUUUAUCCAUUUACUGUUACGUUCAUUGUUGUGGAACGACAGUUAUAACAGGUCUCACACACACACACACACACAGGCGACUCUUCUGCCCGAUCCUGCAACUUAAAUACCAGUAAAGCCAUGUGACUGGUUUGCUUCAUAAACAUCACUGUUAAAUCAAAUGUAUUUUAAAUUAAUUUAAAUUCAUGAUUGUUUUUGUUUUGUUUUAUAAAAUGCCAAAAAAUGUCAAAUAAAUAACAGCGCUGUUAUUCA